ACAAUAAGUGGCAAGCAAUUAAUGCAAGAAAUAUUUGUCUAUAUCGUAAAGGAAUCGAUAAACAUUUCCCUUGGAAGAUUAGAAGCCGAUAGAAAAACGACAUGACAUUUUAGUUGAUCGCGCAAUCAAACCAAGUCUUUUGUGAUGUCGGGAACACUUCCAGCCACCUUCGUGAAGGGCUUUCACAAUGAGGAGUUGGUCCGUCGCAUGGAAUAUCGCAAAUUUGGUGGCACCAAUUUAAGAGUAUCCACCAUUGCAUUAGGUGGCGCCACCUUAAGCGCGCUCUUCGACAAAAACUUUGACGAAGAAGAGGGUAUCAGAACAGUGCAGGAGGCCAUUAAGUCAGGCAUCAACUAUAUCGAUACCGCACCAUUUUACGGUCAAGGGCAGUCGGAACAGGUACUCGGAAAGGCACUCAUGGAUGUGCCCAGGGAGGCGUAUUACAUAGCCACUAAGGUGGGACGCUAUGAACUAGACCCCAAUCGCAUGUUCAAUUUUACGGCAGCAAAAACCAGAGAAAGCGUCAAGAAGAGCUUGGGUCUGCUGGGUUUAGAUUAUGUAGACGUGUUGCAGGUGCAUGACGUGGAUGCGGCACCCAGCCUGGACAUGGUGCUUAAGGAGACGAUUCCAGUGCUUGAAGAGUAUGUAAAAGCCGGCAAGGCGCGAUUUAUUGGAAUCACCGGCUAUGAUGUCGACGUUCUAAAGGAUUGCGCGGAACGUGCAAAAGGUCGCGUUAAUAUUGUACUAUCCUAUGCUCGAUAUACUCUCCUCGACAAUACACUGUUGCGUCACAUGAAAGCUUUCCGGGAGCUAAAUGUGGGCGUCAUAUGUGCCGCCGCCCAUGCACUGGGCUUGCUCUCCAAUGCCGGUCCACAAACUUGGCAUCCCGGCAGCGAAGAGCUUCAGUCGAUAGGUCGACACGCUGCCGAGAUCUGCAAGCAACGUGGCGUGGAGCUAGGUAAACUAGCCAUGUAUUACUCCAUGCAGCUGGAGGGCGCUGCAACCUUUUUGAUCGGCAUACCCAAUCGUCGCCUACUGCAGAUUAACCUCGAUGCGGUCUUCAACGGCUUGAGCUCCACCGAGCAGGAAGUGCUACAAUAUCUACGCGAAAAUGUUUUCAAGCAAUCCUACAGCUGGGGAUCCACCUUGUCAACCAUCAGGGACUUUAAAUAACUAAGCCAAUCAACAACUUCGAUGUCUAUGAUUAAAGUGCAUAGCUUUUACCCAUCGAAAUUUUAAGAAAAAUUUAAUAAAGGCUAUCUUAUAUAUCUUAUCUUA